GAUUUAGAAGUUACUAUAGACCACUCACUUCAGGAUGAGGGCAAUAGAAUACACAGGUGUGAUGAAAAUAUAAACGCUAUAUCUUUGGACGAAUCGUAUUAUGAAUGUAAUACCCAUCAACAUUGGAUUGAUUUUUGUGAAGCUCUUUCAAAAAACAAAACUUUGGAAGUGCUUAAAUUAAGUGAUGGCUGCCACCAUUCGAUAGAGAGUCUGGAUGAGUCUGGUGAAAUUAUAGAAGAUGAAAACGAAGAACCAAUUAUGGAUCCCGAAGAAGAGAAGCUACGAGAAGAUAGAAUAAAUAGUUUUAAACAGGUUUGGAAGAGUAAUAAAACAUUAAAAUUUUUAGAAUUGGUCUACUUUGCCGAUACAUGGGUAUUGGAAGCAUUAAACUCAAUUGAAGAUAGUGAAACUAUUCGAAUAAUCGCAUUGCAUCCAUGUCAUGGCUCAAAACCGUACACCACUAUUCCUCUAUCCGAUGAAGUUUUUUCAAUGCUAUGUCGAGUUAUACGAUUUCAAAAAACCAUCACAGCUAUUCAUAUUGGAUCAGGCGCAAUUUCAAAUGAUAAUGUUGAAAAUACAAUCAAAAAAGAAAUUUUAACAGCUCUUUGUAAAAAAAAUAUAAUUAAGCUUUAUUAUAAUAACUAAAUAAAUUAAACUCUAUUAUAAGAUUUAU